AUGUCAAUCAUCAAAGAAUAUAACCGGAGUAUGAAGAGAAUACCCUGCCGGUACUUCCAGACUGCUGUAAAAAACUGGAAACAGGAGGUAGACGAAGCAACACAAAAAAAGAGAGAAGCGCCUCCAUUUCGACCAGGAUGCUAUUUUGGAAACAAAUGCCAUUACGCCCAUAUUGACCCUCAGACUGGCCAGCCAUAUAUAUUCGAUGCCGCUCUCAUCAAAGAGAUUGACAGAAAGCGAUCACGGCGUAAAACCCAACGCCGAGGAUGGAGUGAUAUAUAUGAUUAUCCUGCUUUCUUUGGUGGUGGUCUAGAGCCAGAUCUUGAGUAUGCUUUUCUAUCUUCCUUUCUGGAAACAGGCAAUGAUUGGGAUAUACUUGAUGACAGUGAUUAA